AUUGCGUUACGGCACAGCCGCCCCUAUGAAUGUUUGAUGGUCUGGGGCGUUGCAGACAGUGGGAGAUGAAAUAUCAAACCUUGCUCCUUGCCUGGCUUCCCCAGCUCCAAACCCCCCAGCUUUGAUCACAGGGGAGUGGCAGUGUAUUUUCUCCUCCUUUAGCCAAAAAAAUAUUGUGUGUGGAGGAGGGAACCCUCAGGGAUUAAAUCCCCACGUGGGGGGAAUGCAAGGAUGUUGCCAUUCCCACAGCAAGUGCACCGCUCCUCAGCCCUGAUUGCAGGUGCCCAGGCGGCAGUGGCGUCGGGUUCCCCCUGUGCUGGCAGCUUGAUAAAUAAUUAACAGUUAAUCAGGGCUGGGCUUAAUUACCUGGGGGUAACCGGAGAGCAGGUCGUGCCGGAGAGCGCAGCCCUGCUUCGGCGUGCCGGCGCAGGACAUGGCGCCAUGGAGCGUGGCUGGGCACUGCCGCCGCCUUGGAGGGGGCCCUGGAUCCUGCUCCUGCUGCCGGCGCUGGCCGGGGGGCAGCCGCUGGCGGCCGGCGAGGCGGCCUACGAGGAAUGGCGGGCGACGGGCGUGCGAGGCCGGGCGGUGGAGCUGAGCUGUGGGCCGGCGGCUGCAGCCCCACCGGCCGUGGUCUUCUGGAGCUUCACGCCACAGGGAGAGGGGCUCCCACGGGCCGUGGCCGUGGGCUCGGGCAGGGAGGUGGCCAUGGCCCCUGGCACGGGGACGCUGGGCCGGGUGACGCUGCGCAACGGGACGCUGGAGCUGCGGGAGCUGCGGGUGGCCGCCCAGGGCCGCUUCCUCUGCCAGGGGCUCUUCCCAGAGCGGGGCCGGCUCCGUGUGGGCUAUGCCGCCGUCCUCCUGCGUGUCCUGGUGCCUGUCUCCAAGCCCUUCGUGCGGCCGACGGCGGCGGCGGCAGCGGAGGGGGCAGCGGUGGCCCUGACGUGCACCGUGCGGGAGGGGACGGAGCCGCUGAGCUUCUCCUGGCAGCACCAGGAGCCCCGGGGGGGUUCCUCAGUGACCCCUGCGGGGCUGGGGGGCUCCAGGGCAGAGCUGCAGCUGACACCUGCCAACCGCAGCCACACGGGCUGGUACAUCUGCACCGUGCGCAACGAGGUCAACAACCGCAGCAGCGACCCCAUCUACCUGGACAUCGUCUAUGGCCCUGAUGAGCCGGCCAUCCGUGUGGAGCCCUUCUCCCCCGAACAGGGGGGCUUCUCGGCGGGCGAGCGGGAGGACGUGGUGCUGAGCUGCCUGGCUCCCUCCAACCCCCCCAGCCGCUAUGUCUGGCUGCACAACGGUUCCCAGGUGCACGUCGGCCAGACCUACGUCAUCACUGCCAUCGCCCGUGCCCAGGCGGGCACGUACACCUGCCUGGCCGAGAACAGCCACCUGCAGACGCGCACCCAGGCCACCAUCGUCCUCACUGUCUACUAUCCACCAGCCGGGAGCCCCAGCUGCUCUGCCCUGGCCUCCGAUGAUCAGCGGGAUGUGGCCCUGCGGUGCCGCUGGCUGGGGGGCUUCCCCCUGGCCCGGCUGCGCUGGGUGGGCCCCCAGGAGGAGGAGGAGGAGGAGGAGGAAGAGGGGUUGAUGGGGACCAGCUUUUCCAUGGCCACCAGGAUCCAGUCAGGGGCAGCCACCAGGAACGGCACCUCCUUCUCCUGCCUGGCCUCCCACCCCGCGCUGCCCCUGGGGGCUGCGUGUGGGACCACCCUGUGGGUCCCGUCUGGCAGCCCCUCCUGCGCGGCGGCGGCCACCAAGGGUGACGAGUACGUGAUGCUGCGGUGCCGGUGGGAGGGGGGCACGCCGCUCGUCACCCUGCGCUGGCGGGACAGUGCGGGCCGGACCUUGGGCGACCCCGCACCCUCCGCCGCCGUGCUGGUGCUGAGCACCGACGGCAGCCUGGGGGGCCGGGAGUUCGUCUGCGUGGCCGCGCACCCGCUGCGGGCCGCCGCCGCCGAGUGCCGCCUGCGGCUGGAGGUCCCCGAGCUACAGGCGGAGAGCGAAGUGGCGGUGCUGGAGGGCGGCGAGGCACAGCUGGCGUGCCGGCAACGUGGCAGCAGCGCCAGUCUCGGUGCCACAGUGGCUUGGUACGACCCAAAGGAGCGGGAGGUGACGCCGGGGCUGGCCAAGUACCGGCUGGAGGAGGGAGAAGCGUGGCUCAACCUCACCGUCCGGGAUGCCGAGUGGCCGGGGGACAGUGGGAUCUACCGCUGCACCGCCACCAAUGCCGUGGGCGCUGCCAGCCUCCCCGUCCGCCUCCGCGUGGACCGGUACCCAGCCCCGCCCAACGUCACCAUCAGUAAGCUGCGGUACACGCGGGCGCGCACAGAGGUGCGGCUGGAGUGGCGGACGCAGGGCGCCGGCAACCUCACCGGCUUCGUGGUGCAGCGGCGCCAAACCAAGAAGCCCCUCCGGGAGACCCCCAGCCCCUGGGAAACAGCCGCCGGCGACAUCGAGCCGCACUCCCGCGACCGGCGCCUGGGGGGGCUGGACCCCGCGGUGCUCUAUGCUUUCCGCGUCCUGGCCGUCAACCACCGCACGGCCGGGCACCCCUCCGAGGUGCAGACGCCAGCCGAGCCUCCCUUCGAGGCGUACCCGGCGGUGACGGGGGCGGCGGUGGCAGGGAUGUUGGUGGCCACCGCAGCAUCCCUCCUGGCUGUGCACUGCAUCGCCCGCCACCGGGAGACCCUCCCACGGCUGCACGACCUGCUGUUCCGCACGGCUGGUCCCGGCGCCCAGGAGCCUGUGGGCACAACGGAGGAUGCUGAAGCAGCCACAGGCGGGGAGGAGGAAGCAGGGCCAGCACAGGGAGACCCGUCUGCCCCCGGCACGGCAGCAGGUGCCGACGCAGCUCCAGCGCAGGGAGACCCGUCUGCCCCCGGCACGGCAGCAGAGCCGCUCUCGGCAGCACCAGGCACCACCGAUGACCCACCAGUUAAUGUCACCAUCACCGUGACAGCGACACCGUGACCACUCCGGCUUUUGCUCUUUAUUUCCCUCUCCUCUCUCCCACACCACGGGACGGCAGCACCCACCUGUGCCGCGUCAGGCUGCGAGGCAGCUGCUCCAAAUGCAGCACCCGGAGAAAGCCCCUCCGGCUCAGCCCCGGGCCUGCAGUUACUGCUGGAGCUAAAAUAAAUAUUUAGGCUACAAUAAAUAGUUUCUCACCGAUGGCAGGAAAAAAGCCCGAGGGCCGAAGCGCUGCUCUCAGCCCCAGGGCUGGCAUUGAAUGGAGAUGCUGCUUUGGGAUUAUGCUGAGGUUUCUAUGGUACAAAAACAGCCACAAAACUUUCUGUGGGAAGGGGCCUCAUCUUCACCCCCAAACUCCCCAGUUUCAGGCCAAACCGCAGGAGGUUAAAAAUAGUGAUUGGAGAUGGUUUUCCCUGCAUUGGUGCAAGCACAAAGGGAAGCAGGGUCCAAGGAAAGUGUCAGGCAGUUCCAAGCUUUCCUGAGUCUUCAUCUUCUCAUGUGUGUGGAGACAAGGGCACCUUGGGUCAUUUUCUUCUGUAUUUGGUUAAUAAUAACCCAUUGGGAAGUAUCAAGCCACACAAACCAACCUUGAUCAGUGCCCACAGAGUAUCAAUCCCCACACCAGCCAUAAAGCAGCACUGAUCCCUUUAUCAAACCACCCCCAGAAACACAAACCCUACCCAAACUCCCUGCAAAACCAUCACUUCCAAGCACACAACAUUCCAAAGGGAUAUUACAGCUUCUCUAGAAAACAGAGCGUCUUUAUCUGA